AUGUAUAAUAAAGAUUAGUAUCAGAAGUUAGAAUCCAACUAAACUAACACACAAAAGGCUAAUUAGAACGAAAUCAGCUCAGAGUUAGCCAGAGUCUGUAAGGAAAUGGAUUUCUACUCUGAGCAGCUAUAAGUUUACAUAAACAAGCACUAAAACACUGAUGACAUGAAGAUUCUUAAUAACAUGGAUGAAAAGAUUCGACUUUUGCUGCAAUUGAUCUAAAGAGUUCAGAGUGACACUCAUAAGAUCUAAUAAGACAAGAUAAAGUCAAUUAAUGAAAAAACUUUAUUAUAAAACUAAAUUUCAUCCAAAAACUCCAACACAAACACAACUUUUAAUCCUUUUAAGGUAACCAACCAUUUGACUUUAGGUGAUUCAUAUGUUGUACCUUAAAAGUAAAAUUAGUUACCGCUUUUCUAGCUUCCUGCCGCUCCUGCUAAUUAACAAUAUUCAAUCGAAUAAAAAUUACAAGGAAAGUCCUCAGUGCAGGAUAAUCAAUAAUAGGAGCUUUUAGCUUAUCACAGUCAGGAACAGCUGAGCAAUCAUUAAGAAAAAGAGUAUAAUGCAGAAGAUUAUUUGAUUGAAAACUAGAAAAAAUACCAAUAAAUAGACUCAAAAGAAUAGAUUUAUAAGAACAAUACAAACAAUAUUAAUAACAACAACAACAACAAAUUUAAUAAAAAACGUAAGUAAAACGAGCAGUUCGAAGAUAAUUUUAUUAAAAUGAAUAACAAAGAUAUUACUAAAUCUCACAUAAAUGAUAAUCUUAGUGAAUAUGAAUAAAUGUAAAAGAUCUAAAUUCAAGGUACUUAGCCUAGGUUGCUGCAAACCUAUGUCUAAGCUAAAUCUGGUCAAUAAUAAUAGAUUCUUUAAUAAUAGUAGUAACACCAUUUCUAAAUGCCUACUUAAAAUAUAAAUUCUGUAAACUAGACGUAUUAACAAAUUUAGUAAUAAUAGCUCUAAAUUAAUACAUAGUAAACUUAAAUUCAUUAGAAUCAAAUUUAACUUAAUCAAAACAAUUAUUUACUUCAUUAAAAUGGGGCUAUCAAUUAAGAAGAAAGUAACUUCUUUAACUAGAAAGAAUAACUUAGCAACAACAACAACAACAAUAAUAAUACUAUAUAAGGUGGUAAUAAUACCUUAAGUAACGUAAACUACUAAGCCAACAAUUCUAAUUUUGCCUCUAAUUUUAAUGCAGUUUAAAUUUAAGGUUCAAUGAUUAAAGUCUAUCCUAAGAAGGCAACAACAUCGAAUCACAAUUUGAAUUCUUAGAGCAAUAACAGCAGUGGAAGUUACAGUCAUACUCACAGCCAGUCGAGUAAAAGCCAACAAGCAUUAAAUAAAAUCAAUCAAAGUAACUAAAUAAAUCAAAAUUAGAUUGAGAAUACUAACGAGCCAAUAUCUUUAAACUCUCAAAAUAAUUAGCUUUCUCACCAUGAGAUUGCUCAACCAGUACAAGAUAAUGUUGAGAAUUUUUUAAACUACUAUCCUAAUCAAUAGAAUCAGUAAAGUUAGUAGUAACAACAACAGUAAUAGAUGUCUAUUUCAUAAAUAAAUCAAGAAUAAUCUGCAUAAGUUUACCACAAUCAAAAUUUUUUAAUGAGCUGCAGCUCUAAUGAUACAUAAUAAAAGAUGGCCUCUGACGAUUAGAAUAUAGAUUUAUAUCUUCAUCAUGAUAAUUUUCAUGAAGCAACACAUUAAAAUAAUAGUUCUAAUAUGAUUGUACUCUCAAAUACAAGUUAAAUAAAUCAUCACAUAAUUCAUCACAGCAAGAGUAUGGGAACUCUUUAAAUAAAAUUGAAAAAAUAGAAUUUAAAAAGUGCUCAUUAGCAAGACAUUAAUUUGACUGAAAUGGACAAUCAUAAUUAAAACAGCAAUUUAGUUUAGAGCUAAGAUUCUGGCUUGAAGGACUCUGAUAUCGGGAUGAUUACACUCGAACAGCAUAAAAUUCUUAUGUCAAAAAGCUUGGGAGAUAGUGACAGGAAUGUUGGCAACAACCAAAGCUAAAAUACAUUUAUUACAGACAAUGAAAGAACUAAAAGCAGUAAUAACAACAGUAAUUUUUUAAGUAAUAGCACAACCUUGAAUAAUAUGCAAAGCACUGCUAAUACGGGUAAGUAGGAUCUAAAGAUAUGCAAGAAAGAAGAGGAAUAUAGUGAUUAUGAAAAUGAUGCUGAAGGAAGUGAGUCAGAAGAGUAGACUCCGUUGGCAAACCAAGAUUUUAAAUAUAAAAAUGAAUAAAUGGUUCAAGUAAACAACAAAUCGAGAGCUUUCGAUACGAGAAAUGUAAUCAAAAAUCUUCUGACUUUCUUAAAGAAAUAUUUGACUUCAUUAACAAUUCCUCAGAACUUGUUAGCAUGGCAAACAGCACAAGCAGAUUUCCGAGAAUAUAUAAAUAAUUACAAAGGCAAUGAUGUGAAGAGCUCUCGAUCUAUCAUCUAAAGCUAUCCUUUAGUCAAUUCAAUAAGUGAAAUUCAGAAUGACUAGCUGAAAUAAGAUUUAGAACUUAGAUUGUAAAGCUUUCCAUUAUUUCCUUUGAGCGAAUAAAUAAGAAGAAUAAAUUAUUUCAACAGCCUAGUGAGAAGAUAUUCAAUGACUUACUUAACUGUAAUAAUGCCCUAAAUAGUUUAAAAAAAUGGAAUGUUUAUCUAGAAAGACAGUAUAUAAAGAUUCUCCCAACUUUUUCUCUCUUACAUUAAAAAUCCUACUUCCUACUUAAGAAUUCAAUCUUGA